AUGGGAGACGCGGUCAGAUUUGCGCCGUACGGCAAAGACACGUGCAUGGGCGGAAACCCGGCGGAGGGGAUGGAAGUGGCGGAGGCGGGCAUACGCGAUUCGGACGCGGCAGCGGCAGCAGCGGCGGAGGCGGAAGCUCCCGCUUCCAUCAGCUGCGCCGCAGCGAGAGUGUUCGUCAGGCGGAACUGCGGAAACGUGAACAUGGGCGGCGCAGGUUCGGCUCCGGGGAACGAGAAGCACGCGGAGCCGUUGGGUGCGGGAGGCGGAAGCGCCUGGCAAUGGAAUGGCGAGGAGGCCCACAUGGGCGCGUGGGACUGCGCUUGCGCUUGCGCCGCCGCAGCAGCGGCUACAGCGGCGGAGGCGGGCCAGGCGGAGGAGCCGUCUGGGGGAACGACGCUGCAGGAAGGGGCUAUGGAGUGCUGCGCGGAUAGCAUGGGGUCGUGGUUGAGAGCGGAGACGACAGACAUGGAUGCUGAUGCGGUGGAGUGCGGUCGCGGUAGGUAG